AUGCGCCCGGGGCGCGCCAGCUGCUCCGGGGCCCGGGCGCGCUUGAUUGGCAGCCCCCAGCCUCGGCCCCGGCGCGCCCUCCCACCCAAGACAAAGUCCAGCCCCUGUCCGCUCCGGCGCCGCCACCGCCACCGCCUCCUCCUCCUCCUCCCCGCCCCGCGGGUACCCGCGAGGGACCCGCUCGGACCGAGCACUUGCCGCCGGCGCUGCAGGGCAGCGAGGUGCCAGGGGCUGUAG